ACAACUGUUUAGCAGCAAUCAGCAUGUACGCUUCUAGACCGACCAAAAAGACAAAUUAAAACAAUUAUAUAUAUCACAGACCGAAUAAAGUUAAAUGUUUUAAGUGCUUAUUAGAAAUUAUUUCGGUUAACUAACUUACUAUAGGUACUACUUACGUACUUACUACAAUGGAUAAAAGAGCCAGAAUUUAUGAAACGAAUUUGAUAAAUAAUUGAUAAGAAUUUGAUAAGAGCAAUUAUAAUUAUUAACUGUAGGUUACCGUCUAUGAACAAGCUUUACAUUUUAAAUAACAUUGCGCCUUCCAUACAAGUUAUAUGCGGCUAAAUGAAUUUUUUAGACUAGAGAUUUAUUGAAAGAAAGUUCUCAAAUAAACCCUAAAGAAGAAUAAAAUGGAUUCCGAUUACACUAAAAAAGUUGAUGAACUGAAAUCAAAAAUAAAAAGUUUCCCAGACUUUCCCAAAGAAGGAAUUUUAUUUUGGGAUAUUUUCUCUGCUCUGUCUGAUGGGCACACAUGCAAGUUACUACAAAGUCUGCUAGUAGAAACGAUUCGCAACAAAUACCCAGAUGUUGAGGCAGUGGUAGGAUUGGAGUCGAGAGGUUUUCUGUUCUCAUUCUCAGUGGCAGCUGAGCUGGGUAUUGCGUGUCUGCCGAUACGGAAAAAAGGAAAAUUGCCUGGUGAAGUGCUUUCAUACAAAUAUGACCUGGAGUAUGGUUCUGAUAUCCUAGAAAUACAGAAGGAUUCCAUCCGCCCUGGUCUGAAAUGCCUUAUUAUUGACGAUCUAAUAGCCACCGGAGGUUCCAUAGCAGCAGCAGCUAAAUUACUGAGGACUUGCAAAGCAAACGUGAUAGGAACGCUUGUUAUCAUCGAGCUGACGGGUCUGAAUGGACGGAGGAACAUUCCAGAAGCUAUCCAUGUACAUUCGUUGAUUACUUAUGAUUAGUAUUUUGGUAAUAUUUAGGUGAAGACUGUGAGAUGUUAUUUCCGCUGAGAAUAGAUAAUGACGUACUAGCCAUUGAAGUAUAAACAGUGGUAUGAAUACAGUUUUUACCUGUAGGUAGGCAUGAAUUAAAGAAAAUGGCAUCAAAUUUACAAAUUCUCCUUGCUUUUGUGUGUUGUGCGUAUACGAAAUGCACGUCUAACGUCGACGGACUCUUGAACUUGAAUGUUAAAAAAAUUUAAGUAAAUACUUCAACUAAUUUAUAUAGUUUAUAAAAACUAACAUACGGCAGUUGUUUGUUAUCUUUUGUUAAAUAAUGUUGCAGAAUGUAACGAGCAAGAUGAAGUGUGAUAUAUCCAGAGCCCGCCAACCGUAUUCUAGUUUAUACGGCAAUAACAUCUCCCUGGAUAGAUACGUUUUUGAUACAAUCUUAUUAUUAUUUGUAUAUUUUAUACUACAAUUAUUAUUUCACAUAUUUUAUGUGAUUUUAUUUUUCAUAACGUAUAAGAUCAGUGGUGCCAAUUAUGGUGUGCACAAAUCUCUAAACUGAACUAUACUGACAAGUCUAAAAGCAGUGAUAUACCUUUCUUUGUGUUAAUUGUAAAGGCACACUACUUUUUGAUCUAGAAAUUAUAGAUUUGUGUACAAAAAAAACACCUAUGUGCCUGUAAUAAAGCUCAAUUUUCUUUUUUUAUGACAGCAAUAACGUUUUUAAUAAAUGUACGCGACACAAUACGCAUUUUCAAUGGCGUGCGGAGAGCCUUUUGCUAAUGAAAAAGCUGUUUGUACUGUGAUUCAGGUUUCACCUCUAAAAAAAUUUGUUGUCUGUAAACUCGGCUUACUGACGAUAGUUUGAACGUGACAACGUCGUAAGAAAAUACUGAUGGAAUGGUUGCAUUUUUCAU